CACCACUCUUUUCCUUCCUCACAAGACUCUAAAGCGCGCAGUUACAAUCCCGUCCUGCAGAUGGCGGCAGAGCACAAGUCUAGGCUGCCAGCAGUUCCCGGUGACCUCUUCCUGUGCUGUCAGUGUGAGGCGCCACUUUGAAUGUUGACCUGUGAGGGGCGGACGCGGCUCUGGCAUGGCGGCGGCUGCAGUAGUGUCGCCCGAGCUGCGGUGGGACACGAUGGAGCAGCGGAAGCACAAGGGAGAGAACCUGUACUAUGAGCUGUACGGGUGGAAGAUGCAGCAGCUUCCUGCAGACGUGCACAGGUUCUGUGACCCGGAGUUGUCCGCCCCCCACAGGAAGGAUCUGCUGCGUCUACUCCGGAGCCUGGAGGAGGACUCGAGCUGCCAGCGCCUGCAGAUCCUCUUCUCGUUCUCCGUGCCCAGCCCCCCGGUGUUGGAGCUGCUGUGUGCCCUCCGCUUACCGCUGGUGUCUGCCGGAGCUGGCACAGGAUACUGGGAGUUCUUACUGCAGUCUCUGGGACUGGAUGUAGUGGCCUUUGACCAGAACACUAUUUUUCCUCCAGAGAUGCGUUAUACUGAGGUAAUGACAGGGGGCCCUGAACUUUUGGAGAACUACCCGGAUAGAGCCUUGUUUCUUGCCUGGCCUGAUGCUGAUGAGUCUUCCCACUUCUCUCUGGAUUGUCUGGCUAAUUUCAGAGGUCAUACCCUUUUCCAUGUUGGGGAACUCCUUGGUGAAACUUUGUCAUCCAACCCAUGGGGUCAGUCCACCUCACGUGCUUUCCAGCUUUCUCUGGCUGAGGACUUCUGCUGUGUGAAGAGGAUCCGGUUACCCAGCUGGCCUGGUCAAGUGGACUCCUUUAGUGUAUGGAAGCGGAAGAAUCCUCAGUUUGUGCUGUGUGAUGGGGCUCAUUUCCAGUAUGCAGAGACUAAACUGGAAGUAUAACGUCUUCAGUGUAUUUUGUUUUUACAAAUAGACUACUAAUAUACUAUACAGCUUCCAUGAUAAUGGCUGAAUGUGCAGCUGACAAUCUCUUGUGUUGUGGUGUUUGCAAACUGUCCUAAUGGAUCCAUACAUCUUCCACCAUAACUGAAUGAAAUUGUAUUUAGAAGUUAGCUUGGAACUGAUGUCCGUGAAGAAAAGUUAAAUAAGUACAA